GUCAUACGUCUUCUACAUCAUAUUUAAAUAUUAUAAUUAUAUAAGUGAAGAAUCGUAUAUUAGAUAGAAAUGUCUCCUAUUAGGCAGCAUUAUUCAUCAAGUACCGUUAAUCAGUAUGAAUUAUCAUCAAGAUUACUGUCGCUAACCGAAAAUGACGCUUCCUACACUUUGACGCAGAUCAAUGGACAAAGAAUUUUUAAAAAAGCUCCUCAUGCUUGGCAGGGACCUGAACCAUCUAGAAAAUGUGAGGUUUUUAUAGGAAGAAUUCCUCAUGAUUGCUUUGAGGAUACAUUGGUUCCUCUGUUUCGCCGGGCCGGUGAUUUAUUUGAGUUUCGCCUGAUGAUCAACUUUUCCGGAUGGAAUAGAGGGUACGCGUUUGCAAUGUACGCAACGGAAGCUGAAGCGAGCAACGCCAUCCGUAUGUUCAACAACUACAUGAUCAGACCAGCUUGGCUCCUGGGUGUAUGCCCUUCAAUUAACAAUUGCCGCAUAUACAUCUCUCGCAUUCCGUCGACGACGCCGUCGGCCGACAUCGUGCGGCUGCUGUACGCGCUGACGGACGAGGUGCAGGAGGUGCGCAUCCGGCGAUCCAUGGCGUCGUGUGCCGCAAUCGUGGAGUAUCGCUCUCACCGCGGCGCCGCCAUCGCGCGCAAGGCGCUGGUGGCCGCGGCCUCGGCCGCCUGGGGCGCUGGUGCGCGUCCCGUUGUCGACUGGUCCCUCCCGCACUCGCCGCAGCUUCUGCGCCAGUAUCGUGAGGUCGGACGCUGGAGCCCCGAGCGUGGCGUGGAGCUGGUGCGUACGGCGGAGGAGACGGGCUCGCCGCCACCGCUAGCCGCCACCGCCUCGUACUCGUUAGAGCCUUGGGUGCAGGUGCGCCGCAUGCGCAUGAUACACGAGGCGGCGCAGCGCAACACGGCCGCGCACACUGAUUGGGGCAAUAGCAGCAUGUCCAAUGACAUGGGCCUGUUUACGACGUCGAUGGCAUCACUCAAUCUCGGCGGCGGUCUGGCCUUGGAGGAGGAGCGCGCCGUGUGGUCGCCCGUCGAGCCCGCCGCGGUCGCCGAGGACUAUGUGCCUGCCUUGCAACGCAACGGUGGCGAACCAUUUAUAUUCCGUAAUGGGGCCGUAACUCCCGCACCCCGCAAUGGCAGCGUCCCUACCUCACCGUUCAAUAUUGAUUCGGGAGACGGUGCAUGCAACGGUAAUGUAGCUGGUGCAGCUCGCAACGGCACUGUGCCGCUGACCUCGGCUGCUGCCAGCGGCGGUCUGGGCGGGUUGGGUGAGCUGGAUGUCGGCGGCGCACCGCCCGAACCUGACUCGUUCCCAUCUCCGCUGCCGGGCGACUUCAAUCCGUGGACCGCCUAUCAUCCGAUGCAGGACUUCAUCGGCCGCAAGGCCAGGGAGUGAGUUG